ACGAUUCGCUUCAUAAGUAUCGCCGUGUGAAAAUUAAUCGGAGGAGUGGCGGCGCAACGACUGACUCUGCUACGUUGGUACAGUGGCUCGCAAAAAUCAUCGUCCACCGCACCGAUGUGAUCGAAUACAGUCUGUAGCAAAAUAUAUUUCAAUGGCUUCACGCUUUAACCGUGAUGAGGAGUGAGUACCGAGCAACCAACGAGAAUGUAUGACGAGACAUUGCGUGAAUUUCUUAUAAGUUGAACAAUCAUUUGUUAAGAAAAUAAAGUGAGUUAGGCGAAAAUCAUAUUUCCUGUUUAUGCCUCUCGGAGAUUCAUAGAAAGUUAUUAUUCACAUAAACCCGUGUAAAACCUCUGAUAUCAACAAAUUGGGAACAAGUAUACGGGUUUAUUUUUGCCGAUGUUAAAGUAAAAUGGGGAACUCUGGCUUGAAGCAGCAUUACGAAACUGCAAAGAAAACCGGAACGUUAAAAUUGUCAGAAAGGAAACUCGACGAAUUUCCACAAAAUCUACUAGCUUUGUCGCCACUGUUACGAACAUUGGAUCUAUCGGAGAACAAAUUUGGUCAUAUUCCCGAUGAAAUUGGGAAUUUCACAUUAUUAAAGCAGUUGAACCUUAAUCAUAACAAAUUGACCACUUUGCCCGAAGCACUUGGAGCAUUGACCAAGUUAGAAUGUUUAAACGCAAGUUCGAACCAAAUAAAAAGUAUCCCUUGGUCUUUAUCUAAACUAAUACGUUUGAAACAGGUCAACUUAUCUGAUAAUCGUAUAACCGAAUUUCCCCCCAUGUUUUGCGAGUUAAAAUUUCUGGACGUAUUGGAUUUAUCGAAGAAUCGAAUUACCGUAAUUCCCGACGCGGCUGCGGCAUUACAUGUGGUUGAACUUAACCUCAAUCAAAAUCAAAUAUCGACUAUAUCUGACAAAUUGGCGGAAUGUUCGCGCCUAAAAACGUUAAGACUCGAAGAAAAUUGUCUACAACUGAGCGCGAUACCUACCAAAAUUUUGAAAGAUUCCAAGAUUUCCGUUCUCUCUGUCGAAGGAAAUUUAUUCGAAAUGAAACAAUUCGCUAAUCUCGAUGGUUAUGAUAACUACAUGGAAAGGUAUACUGCGGUAAAAAAGAAACUGUUUUGAGAGUUAUUCUAUAGAAUAAUUCAUUACGAAAUUUGUUAUAGAUAAUAAUAAUAAUUACAUAAUUAUGUUAUGACGUUGAAAACAAGCCGCAUCGUGUUCGUGCAAUUGUAUUAUACUCGAUAUCUGCGAUAGAGUAAUCAUAAUAAUAAAAUUCUUAAACUAUUCGUGAGAUAAGAACGUUUUUAAUAAAUUGAUGAAUGCUUCUACGAAAAAGCAUUUUUAUAUUUAACAAAAAAGAGAGAGAGAGAGAGAGAGAGAGAUGCAUUCAUUAGUAGAUGAUGAGCUCGAUAUACGAUAUAAAAAUUAUAUAUACAAAUAAUGUACAUACAUAUAAACCCUUGAUCCGGUAUAAAAUUCAGGAUUUCAGUUUUUAUUACAUGGAUUAUAAAAAGAUGUCUUGAUAUAUAUUUCGUGUUGCGAUAUAGUUCUUACAGAAAUGAUCAUAUAAUAAUAAUAAUAAUAAUAUAUUUUGCGAAAAAUUCUUGCAUUUUUUGCUUGUUUUUUUUUUCAUGUUUCAAAUAAGCAAAAACACCAUUUUUAAAAAUAUCUAUACAUAUUUCUAUACGUUGCAAACUAAACCUUAUAGAUACAAUCAGAAAUAUGUUUGAAGCAAACAUUUCUAAAGUUAUUAUAACCAAUUAUAAUAUGUAAAUGUACACAAAACUUUGUCAUUGUGUAUAUGAUAUUGCGUAUGUGUAAUCUAAUUAUUUCAUAAACUAAGUUUCGUAAAAAUAAAUUGUGCUCUUAUUUUGAA